ACCAACUAAAGGGAAUAGUAGUCGUAUUUGAUUUGAAUUAAAACAAGCCUCUGGAAUUGUGUGCGUACAUAAUUUCGUGAAAAAUUUUGAAAAUAUGUGGUAUCUAGAACCGAACAAAAGAAAAAGAUACGUUAUAUCAAUAACAAAGUUUUAACGAGAAAACAGUUUAGAUGCAUAUACACAAAGAUGGUAGUAGUGGUACGAUGAUACUGGAAAUGGUUGUGCGAGAGAAGAGAGCGUUAAGGAAUACAGCUCGGACAAUUUCUUUACAGAAAUAUUAGUUUUAUUCGUCACAAUAUGUGACUAUUAUCAACGAUCAUGUCGUUGAAUUAAAUUAGUUAUAUUUAACGGGACGCCAGAAGCGACACGAACAAGAAGAGACGAAAAAUUGAGACAUAACCAGUUCAGUCGUAAAGUGAGAGGAAGAGAGAAGUAAGUUAAAGUUGCGCCCACAAAUUCAAGCAACUCUUAUUUCUCAAAUGUAUAACAUAUUUCGAAACGUUAAUACAAAAGUAACGUCAAAGUAAUCAAAGAAGCGAUAAAAUUGUCAAUUCACAUUGGAUUGUUAUUGAAUCGUAUUCAUGUUGGAUAUUCCGUAUUUAAAAUUUUCGAAGACUCGAAGGACUUAUUUCUAUGACUUUACUCAAAGGUUAUUUAACUGUAUUUUCGAAAUACUGUACAAUUUUUCGCAACUAAAAGAUGACCAGAAAUCGUCCAGUAUCCCAGCAAGUCACCAGUGAUAAUCAUCGUUUCUACUACUGCUUUCACGAGGAGUCACCAUGAAUGCCAGAACUCAAUUAUUUGAGUUAAGUAUGGAAGGCAGACAAGUGGACGAAGCAGUAGCAAGUAUCUUCCACAGUGUUUUAUUUCAUCGAAGUCUUGGUAAAUUUAAAUAUAAACAAGAAGGUAGCUAUUCAGUGGGUACUGUGGGAUACCAGGACGUCGAUUGUGAUUUUAUUGAUUUCACUUAUGUCUGUUGUUCAUCUGUGCACUUGGAUCAAACAUUGAAACGUGAAAUAUCAGGCUUUUCUGAGGCUCUACGUUCCACUGAUAGCCCAGGUUCUGGCCAAAUAUCCUUGGAAUUCUUUCAGAAGAAAAAAAAUCGUUGGCCGUUUCAACCAGAAUGCAUACCGUGGGAAGUGUGGACGGUACGCUUAGAACUUAUCAAAUUAGCUACAGAACAUGAGAGACAAAUAUGUAGAGAAAAAGUCGGAGAUUUAUUAACAGAUAAGAUUCUGUACAUAACAGAAGUAAUGAAUCGACACGACUACCUUCCUAAAAUGCCAAAUCAAGCUGAACUAGAUUUGAUCUUCGAUACGUCGUAUCCCGACAUACAACCUUAUUUGUUCAAAUUAUCUUUUACGACAUCCAGUCCAUCGAGCACGACAAUGGGCAACACCAUGAAAAAAUUGAUCAAAGAGACGCUAUCCAUUUAGUUGUUUAUAACGCGGGGAUUUUAUAGUGCAACGCGUGUUUAAUCCAAACUCGAUUUUGGAUCAAAUUAAUACUACGAAUUUCUGUAUGGAAUAUUAUCAUAUUAUUUUAGUUCGUUUUGUUCGUAGUCUAUAAAUAUUCGAAGCGCUCUAUGUUUUUAUAUGUGUUGAUUCGCAAAAAGGACUUGAAGUCUACGAGGAUGAACAGGAUCAAUGGUAUGCAAUAUUUGUGAAAUAAGACAAGAAGUUAUAUUCCGUGUAUAUGUUAAAACCGCCGUUUCUGACCAAUGUCUACGCAAAAUUCUGUGCCGACAAUACUUGUCAGAAGGAAAGAAAAAAAAAAAAAUACAGGCUUAUAUAUAUGUUAAAAUUGAAUAGACCUGAAAUAUUUGUAAAAUUUCUAUAGUACAAAGGAACCAAUUGUGUAUAAACGUUACUCUUUUGUGUACUAUAUCUACUAUUCGAGAUAAUAUCGUCCAUCGCAUAAGUCUUCUAGGUAAUCAGUUAUACAUUAAAUAUUUCUUUAUAUUUGUCCAUUUCGAGUUAAUUCACAUUUUGAGCAUUGUCAAUAACAAUAUAAGAUAAUAUAUCCCGUUGUCGAUAAAGGCAGACAGAGAUACACACACACACACACACACACACACACACACACACACACACACACACACAUGUAAAUAUGUGUAUGUAUAUACAAAGAAAUUCUUUGUUUCUCUAAAACUUUUUUAUCUAUAACAACAGAGAUGUAUAGUAAUUGUAAGUGAAUAGAGUAAUGUAAUGCGUUUAUUUAAGUAAGCAAAAUUAAAAAAUGAAUAAAUUUAUCUUAAUGCCAGAAGGAGUUAUCUACUUUUUGUUUUGAGAAAAAUAAUAAUUGAAUGCUUGCCUAAAAUGUUUAAUAUAUGGCUGGAACCUAGACUUAUUAUUGUAAAUAAACGUGUAAUAAAAAUGCGUGUUUUCAUGUUUUUAUUUACAUAUGAACACGCAGUACGUGUUGUCUGUACACGCAUAUAAUAUAUGUUUGUUUAUAAACAUAUAUUAUAUAUAUAUAUUA